AUGCAGAGGAGAAUUGCUGAUGUGGUAAAUAUAUCUGACAAACACCAAUCCUGCAUGAAUAUCAUGGACCUGAUCCAUAAGGCUAGUUUGGAAAAAACUAUUUCGAAUGUUGGUCCUUUUUAUCCUCAGUUAAUUGGAGAAUUUAUCGUCAAUUUGCCUGAUGAGUUUAAUAAUCCUAGUAGUGCUGAUUAUCAGACAGUUCAUAUUAGAGGGUUCAAAUUUGUGAUUUCUCCUGCUGUGAUAAAUGGCUUUCUUGGGAAUAUUGUUGAUAUUGACUGCUCUCCAUCAUGUCCUACUACUGAGGUUCUAGAUACUGUCCUAUCUGGUGGGACCUUGUCUACGUGGCCUGUAAAUGGAAUUCCUGCGGCUGCUCUCAGCGUCAAGUAUGCCAUCUUGCACAAGAUUGGCAUUACAAAUUGGUUCCCUUCCUCACAUGCCUCUAGCGUAUCUGCUGCUUUAGGUACCUUUUUGUAUCAAAUUUGCAAUGAUGAUAAAGUAGAUACGGGUGCCUUCAUUUACAAUCAGCUGUUGAGGCAUGUUGGUUCUUUUGGGGUCAAGAUUCCUAUUGCUCUUCCGCGAUUGUUCUCCAGUCUACUACUUCACUUAAAUAGAGCUGUGCUUAUUGCAACUGAUGCUCCUGGACCUGAACCUAAGACAAUUGCUCUUAACUGCAGACUCUUUCAAGGCAGUCAUGUGUCUGAUAUUGACCAUGAUGUGCAUCCGACUCGGGGCCCACGCUUCUAUGUGGAUCGGGAGUUGGCUGCCCGUAUUGUUAAUGCUUUGACUGCUGAAUCUCGUGCACUGACUACCUCCAUCACUCUGUUAUCUGAACGUCGUUUAGAGGUUGAUGCUCUUCUUCGACAUUUGAAGUCUUUGGGACCAUCUACUAGUCGUCAGCAGCCAUCGUCUGGUUAA